AUGCACACCAAACUGGUCCUUCUGCUUUCGAUGGUGGCCAUAUCCGUGCAGAGGGCUAUGGUUGCUGGGGAUCCCAUCAGGGGUGCCGUUUUCUCUGAUGAAAGUUGUCGCACGACCGGGGUGCUGGUUUUUUAUCGCAUCAAACUGGUAACCAGUUGGUCAAAAAAACUAUUUCCGAAGCACUAUCCAGAAUUUAGACCUCCGCCGCAUUGGAGUAUGACGUUUGGUCAAACCCACAACAACAGCUUUCAAUUAUUUCAUUUGAAACAUCCCGCUUCGGUGCCUGUAGCAUCCUUUGCUGAAACUGGGCAGGCUGCCUAUUUGGAAGAAUCGUUGUCCCUUCAACAGGACCUCCUGUUCGAUGAGUUCCGACUUCCCAAGAUCCGAAAGGGGAAGGGCGAAAGUGAAGCUACAUUUUUUGUAGACGGGACGCAUUCGAGUGUAUCUUUUGUAACGAAGAUCAUACCUUCGCCUGACUGGUUUGUUGGGGUGGACUCCUUUAAUCUAUGUUCGCGAGGGCGAUGGCUUGAAAAGGUGACGAUCCCACUUCACCCCCUAGAUGCAGGAACCAGCAGUGGGCUCACAUUUACCUCACCGAAAUGGCCAACGAAUCCGCGGGGUUUGGUGGAACGAAUCACUGCUAGAUAUCCGCUUCAUUUCGCUAGCAGCUUUUUCUAUCCGGAGAUCAAACACCUUCCACCAAUAGCUCAUGUCACGUUCACCAAGAUUAAAGAAUACAACAAUCACAACAACGUCCACAAGAAGGUGAAGAAACUCAAGUAUAAACAGCGCACGAAGCUGCUGAAAAAAAUCAAUCGCCAAUCAUCCAGUGCCGACGCAGUAGUAUUCAAUAGUGCGGGAAACGAAAUCCUCUCGGACAAAGACUGUCGGGUUAGUGCGUGGUCUGCCUGGAGUCCUUGCAGUAAGACAUGUGGGCUUGGUAAAAGAAACCGUACUCGCAACGUUCUGCAAAGGCAUCGUCUUGGAGGAGUUGAAUGUCCAUCUCUAGUAGAAACGCAAUGGUGCGGAUCGGCUCGUCAAUGUUCUGAAAUAGACAGUUACUUUAGAUGGUAA